AUGCUUGUAGUGGAUCAAGGCAAGAUAGAGUUUCUGAAAGGAGAAUUUACAUACAGGAUGUAUACCAUUGACAUGCACAGCCAGUUGGAACUGAUCGACUGUCGGUUGGAUACCCAGCCAGGCACAUCCCUGAUUCCUCUGGUAAGUGAUGGUGAGUAAUCACCUCUGGGGUUCCAGGCCACCUUCUACGAGAACGGUUACACGGGGGACGGGAACACCAAGUACAAACUGGAUAUUUACUUAAAACAGCAACAGCACUGGGGCAGGACGGACUUCAACUUCACUUCCAGCUUAAAGAGAGCCACCAUGUCUACAACUGUGGACAUAGCAAAUAAGGAAAUUUAAUGUGUGGAUAUCAAGCCACUGGUAGUCACACUGAUUUCAGUUGGCUGUGAUCUGGAUAAAAAGAUCGGCUAUUCAGAAGUAACCGCCUGUUCCGAGGGCAUCCUGGAUGCCUUGGCCCUGCAAGACAAUUACAGCUUCAUCAUCGACAAGGAAUUCUACGAACCCAGCUUCCAGGGGCGGCAGUCCUCCAAGGACCUGCACGUGUUUUACUCCUACCAGCAGCUGGGCUGUCCUCUCCUCGUCUACUAUGAUACCCCAUGGAAGCCUGUGGUGGAGCUGAAGAUCUCAGGGACUGUUUCUUAGGAGGUCGCUGAUGCUUGAGUAUGUGUUACUGAGGUGAACGGGCAGUUCUCAUACUCCUAUUCUGACGGCUGUCGGGUAAUGUGCACCUCCCAGCCGCAGAUGACCACCAUGAUAAAGGUCUGGGGGCCUUUCUUCUGGAACAGAGAGGCAAGCAUGAGCUGCCACGUCCCAACAACGAUGCUCCCUUUGAGGUGGCCAGAUGUCCAGUAUCAGAUCUUGGGCGGCCGGACAGCAAACCAGAUCAUUUUCAGCCACAAAAAUGGCUUGCGUCUUCUACAUUUCAUUGUGGAUCCAUACUACAGCACAGUUUCUGCCUGUUCCGAGGGCAUCCUGGAUGCCUUGGCCCUGCAAGACAAUUACAGCUUCAUCAUCGACAAGUAA